AUGAUAUUCAGGGUCUCUCGUGUAUACUUGAGGGCGAACGGAAAGGUGGGGAUGUUCGCUGCCCUCUAUUCUUCCAGAACGCAGACGCAGGCCAUGAUCCUCCAGCUCCUCCUCAAGGGCCCAGCCAAAGCAGUCAGAUUCUACAACGACAAGCAACAAUCGAGUCAAUCCUACGUCCCAGAUCGGGAAGCGCGCGCCGAGCCAGGCAAGGCGGGACGCCGUCUUCCUAAGCUGGCCGUGGCGACAGCUCUCGUCCACUGCUGCGGUUGCUGCCGCUGCUCCUCCUAUGGGCGACGCUUGUGUGCUGGCCGCGUCCCUCAGCGAGCGCUACUGACGACGGUAUCGGCGCCCGCCGGCGGCGGCGGCGGCACCGUGAUAACGGCGCGGGACCGGCCCUUCCUGUUGUCGCGGCUCCGCCGGACGUGGAAGACCUGGCUCGGCUCGGGGCGUAAUGCGCUGUUGUUGCCGCCGUCUGCCCAUCGGCAGGGGUUCCGCUCCGGCUCCGGCUCCGGCUCCGACUCCGGCGGGGGGCUCGGUGGCCGCAAGCGGUGA